AUGCCUCAGAACGAGUACAUUGAGCGCUGGACCAAGCUCCACGGCAAGCGCUUCGACCACGACGAGCGCAAGCGCAAGAGGAUCGCGCGUGAGGGCCACGAUGGCAGCAAGAAGGCGCAGAACUACCGCGGCCUGCGCGCCAAGCUGCACGCCGAGAAGCGCCGCAAGGAGAAGAUCCAGAUGAAGAAGACGAUCCGCGCGCACGAGGAGCGCAACGUCAAGACGUCGGAGCCCGCAGAGCCCUCGACCGAAGCCCUGCCGCAGUACCUGCUCGACCGCAGCAACGAGAAGAACGCAAAGGCCCUGUCCAGCGCCAUCAAGCAGAAGCGCAACGAAAAGGCCGCCCGCUUCUCCGUGCCCCUGCCCAAGGUCAAGGGCAUCAGCGAGGAGGAGAUGUUCAGCGUCGUCAAGACGGGCAAGAAGACGGCCAAGAAGAGCUGGAAGCGCAUGAUCACAAAGCCCACCUUUGUCGGCCCGGGCUUCACCCGCCGCCCCGUCAAGUACGAGCGCUUCAUCCGCCCCAUGGGUCUGCGCUACAAGAAGGCAAACGUCACCCACCCGGAGCUCAGCGUCACCGUCCAGCUGCCCAUCAUCUCCGUCAAGAAGAACCCGCAGAACCCCCUCUACACACAGCUCGGCGUUCUGACAAAGGGAACCAUUAUCGAGGUCAACGUCUCCGAGCUGGGUCUGGUCACGGCUGGUGGCAAGGUCGUGUGGGGUCGUUAUGCUCAGGUCACAAACAACCCCGAAAACGACGGUUGUCUCAACGCCGUCCUGCUCGUCUGA